UAAUAAUAAAAAUAUAUAGUAUCUCUUCAGUCUUCAGGAACAGUUUCUCCAUUACCACCCACCGUCUCCUUUUUUUUUGCUGAUCUAUCAUAAUCUUGACAACUCAGGUGCGUGUUUUGAUUCAUUAAUUAGGUGAUAUGAUAGGAGGAUCAAUGGAGGAAGGAGGAAGUAGUCACGAAGCAGAUAAUAGCAAGAAGAUAGGGAGAGGAAAGAUCGAGAUAAAGAGGAUAGAGAACACGACAAAUCGUCAAGUAACCUUCUGCAAACGACGCAAUGGUCUUCUCAAGAAAGCUUAUGAGCUCUCUGUCUUGUGUGAUGCCGAGGUUGCUCUCGUUAUCUUCUCCACUCGUGGCCGUCUCUACGAGUACGCCAACAACAGUGUGAGGGGUACAAUUGAAAGGUACAAGAAAGCUUGUUCUGAUGCUGUCAACCCUCCUUCCGUAACCGAAGCUAAUACUCAGUAUUAUCAGCAAGAAGCCUCUAAGCUUCGGAGGCAGAUUCGGGACAUUCAGAAUUCAAACAGGCAUAUCGUUGGGGAAUCACUUGGUUCCUUGAACUUCAAGGAACUCAAGAAUCUCGAAGGACGGCUUGAAAAAGGAAUCAGCCGAGUCCGAUCCAAAAAGAACGACAUGUUAGUGGCAGAGAUAGAGUAUAUGCAAAAGAGGGAAAUGGAGUUGCAACAUGAUAACAUGUACCUGCGAGCUAAGAUAGCCGAAGGCGCCAGAUUGAAUCCGGAUCAGCAUGAAUCGAGUGUGAUACAAGGGACGACUAUUUACGAAUCCGGUGUGUCUUCACAUCAGUCGCAUCACUAUAAUCGAAACUAUAUUCCGGUGAACCUUCUUGAACCGAAUCAGCAAUUCUCCGCCCAAGACCAAACUCCUCUUCAACUCGUGUAAACCAGAACAUGAACAUUUGUUUCUUCCCCAUCAAAACGAGAGAGAGACUAGAGAGUUCAUUAUAUCCUAUAAUGCAACUUCUUAUUCAUAUAGGUUCUUGUUAGUGUAAUAUAUCCCACGUCAGUAGUUGGAUAAAUUAUUAAGUGGAAGUCCACAGUAAGCCCGAAUUUAACAGUUCUAAUAAUAAAUGGGAAUACCAGAACUCUUGUUUUUA